UAUUCUAAAUCCGGAACCCAAACACCCUUUAUUUAGUUAUUAAUCCGCGCUUCCAGUUCCGCUUCUCUCCCACUUUUCGCUGCGCACUAAUCCAAUUUCCGAAACCGCAAAACAUAACAAACAGCAUCAUAAUCUAUCUCCAUCAUCGCCGUUCAUUCGUUCAUUUAUCCAUCGCAGGAACGUAACGAUCUCCAAAUCCAAACGUUGUUGUUGGUCGGAGAAUUGAGACGAUGAAGUUCUGGAAGAUUCUGAGCAAUCAGAUCGAGCAAACCCUGCCCGAUUGGCGCGACAAGUUUCUGUCUUACAAAGAUUUGAAAAAACAGUUGAAGCUCAUAACCCCGAAACCGAAAGACCCCUCAAGCAAACGGCGCCGUUUGGAUGAUGCCGAAGCCGAAGGCGAGGUCACCAAAGAGGUCAACGAUUUCCUCAAGCUCUUGGAGCUCGAGAUUGAUAAGUUCAAUGCUUUCUUUGUUGAGAAUGAAGAAGAAUAUAUCAUCAAAUGGAAGGAAUUGCAAGACAGAGUUGCGUGGGCCAAGGAUUCAAAUGUAGAGUUGAUGUCAGUAGGGAGGGAAAUAGUAGAUUUUCAUGGAGAGAUGGUUUUGUUAGAGAACUAUAGUUCACUUAACUACACAGGUCUAGUGAAGAUAAUUAAGAAAUAUGAUAAGCGAACCGGUGCACUACAUCGCUUACCUUUUAUUCAAGAUGUCUUGAACCAGCCCUUCUUUAAAACUGAUGUACUUAACAAGCUUGUAAAGGAGUGUGAGGUGAUGCUAAGUAUUCUUUUCCCCAAGAAUGGGCCUCUAGGACCAUCCUUAUCAACUAGCGAGGAUUUUGAGGAAGAUGGGGGUGGCUCCAUGACUGCUAACGAAAAUAAAGAGACACUGGAGCAGGUUCCCAAAGAACUUGCUGAUAUCCAAAAUAUGGAGAACACGUUCAUCAAACUAACUACAUCAGCACUGCAUACCUUGAAAGAGAUUAGAGGUGGAAGUUCAACUGUAAGCAUAUACUCAUUGCCUCCUCUGCAUAAUGAGGCUUUGGUAGAGGAUUGAAAGAAAAUAAGUGCGCCAGAGCAAGCAGCCAAAUAGACCAUGGGAAUGACACGGGAUAGGUGCUGACUCUCUAUCUUCUCCUGUUUCUAUGCUCUAGAGUAAGCAGCCGAAUAGAUCAUGGCAAUAACUCGUGAUCGGUGCUGACUUUCCAUCUCUUCAUAUUUCCUGUUCAACAACGUCCUUUUCUUCUGUCCUGAGAACCUACUCAACAUGAAUUUGGAUGGAAAUAUGGCCUCCUUUGUGGAACAGUGUCUGAUGGUAGGUGGAUGUGGCUUUGGUUAUUUUUCUGCUUUUCUUUUUCUAAUGCUUAAAAUUUCGUUCAGGGUUCGUGGACUCAUUAACUGUUUAAGUUCGCGUUAGCCCUUGAAAAUGGCGUGUAGCUAGUAUUAAUAUGUUAACAAUUGGUGAGCUUGAUGUAGAUAACUAGAUAUUCAUAUGAAACUAAUAGUUAGAAAGGGAUGGAAAGAGGUGAUUUGGAAUUUUGUAAUGCAUACUAAUUCAUGGUGUUAUUUUAUGGAGAAAAACAUUUACUGUGUC